UUAACGUCAGCCCGGGAAAACCCGGAGCUGAGGUCGCGGCCGUCGCAGAUCCUAAAAACAACGAAGCCGUUACUUUAGACCAGGACAAUUGAGCGUUUUCUAUGUAUCUUGUUGCUGUUUUACUAUCACUUUUCCUUGUAGCGAGUAAAGUUUUAUUAUCUUCACGCAUUGCUUGGGAAAUAGCCACGCCAGUCAGAACCAGCUCCUCGGCCCAGAACAUGGAAGACCUGCCCGUGGACAGUGCGACCCGCGCGCUGGUCGGCGGGAAGAUGAAAGAGAUCGAGUUACAUCUGCAGAAACUGAGAAACGACCCUCCGGACGCUCAAGGAACAGCAGAAAAUCUGCAGGCAAUACGAGACCUGAUGGGAAGGAACCUUCACUUGGCCUCCCAUCUUCUCGACAACGUUUUGAAGGAUGAAGCAAUGGAUGCAACACAGAGACUGGCAUGUCUUCAUCUGAAGCUAGAGAUCGCCAUGGCCACAGGUCCAGUGGAGGAUGGGCUGGCAGCUGCCAAUCAAGCAUAUCUCCUAGCAACAACUCAGCCCGACAUUCCACCAAGUGCACUGUUCCAGGCCUGUCUAGAUGCUGGUGAUGCCCAUCGGGUCUGUGGAAUUCUGGACAAGGCCAGACAUUUUUACCGCCAGGCGCGGGAUGUGGCAACUCACAUGGAUGACACAGUCCUGGCAGAGACCCACCUGGGAAUCCUGCUGCUGGCCAGCGGGCAUCUGAACAAGGCUAUUCAGGACAGCUUCAUCCCCUUACUGAGGCAGGACAUGGGUCAGUACAACAGGGGGCUGCUACUGCAACACCUGGGGAAUGCAUACAGGUCUGCUGCAGACUGGGGCCCUGCCAAGGACCACCUUAGGGAGGCUGUUUCCAUCGCAGAAGACAUGGGAGAUCCGAUUCAGGCAGCCAGUAGAUACGGAGACCUGGGAAACGUGUACCGGUCUGAGGGCCGCACUGCUGAGGCACUCCAAGAGCAGGAGAAACAGUACAACUUUGCAUUACUGAGAGGUGACCUGAGUAGCCUCUGCACAGCCUGCUUCAACAAAGGGUUUACCUUCUACUCCAUGAAGCCUGCUCCAGACUACCAGCAGGCGCUGGUGUACCUGACACUACAGCUGCUGCUAGCCAGACGCCUGGGGGACCCGGGCAUGCAGGGCAAGGCACUCAACUGUCUGGGGAAAGUGUACACAGGGAUGCAGCAGCCAGAUCAAGCUGUGGUCCUGCUGAAACAAACUAUACAGCUUCACCAGAACACAGGGAAUGUGGCAGGAGAGGGCAUGGCACAUGGCAACCUGGGCACAGCAUACAGGGAUCUGGGUCGGUAUGAAGAAGCCAUUGUGAACCACCAGAAGUACCUGGAGAAUGCAGACAGCAGGGAGGAUGUGGGUGGGGUGGCCAUCAUGCAGAGAGAACUGGCUCUAGACUACCUCUUCAAGAAGGAUUAUGACAUGGCUGAGAAAUCAAUUCGUGAUGCUGUAACCACCUUGGAGAGGAUCAGGGGCAAACUUGGUCCAGAGGAUUUGUCACGAAUCGCCCACAAUGAGAAAAACCAGGUGGAUGCUUACAACAUCUUGCAGCACAUUCUGGUUCUCCAGGGAAACUCCCACGAUGCACUGGUCAUGGCAGAGAAGGGCAGGGGUCGUGCCCUUGCAGAUCUCAUGAGUGUCAAGGUCAAACAAACAGGGAAACAGGAGGCCCCAGUAAUCAACAGCAUCAUGGACAUCACAACCCUUGCAGCAGAACUUGACACCACAAUUGUGUUUUACUCUGUGGUGACUGAACAGCAUCCAUACAACAUUGGUGAGAGAUGGGUGUACUGCUGGGUAGUGAAUCCUGGAGAGAAGAUCCUCUUUACCAAGAUGCUGCAGGUAGACAAAGUCCAGGUGGACAGAGGAGAGCUGGAUCAGGGGUACUACAACACCCUGCUCAGGUCCAUGGGUACCUUGUCUGAGGAAGCUGAAGAAGGUCAAGACGGUGAUGAGACAAGUGUCAGUGAGGACACAUCAGAUGAAUCUGACGAAGAUGACCUGGACCGUCUGCCUGCCCUGAAAGUGAAGCCUUCACCAUCCACACAGCAGACCCAGGAACACCGGUGGGAGACACAACAGGCUUGGGAACACAGAUGGGAGACUGUGCUACAUGCAGACUAUGACAACUUCAUCAAACCAAUUGACCAGUUUCUCCCAGCACUGGAUGGACGGGAGACGGCACCUAGGAUAACUUUCGUUCCUCAUGGCUUCCUAUUCAGCAUCCCAUUCUGUGCACUGGUAGAUGCGGAUGGGAUGUACCUGGUACAGAAAUACUCCAUCUCUAUAGCCCCAUCCAUGCAGGUGCUGCAGCUGUCCCAUCAGCAGCUGCAGAUCCACAGGCGCUCCCAGCCAAAGCCCAGUGUGCUGGCAGUGGGCAACCCCUUCCCAGACCCUGCACGCCGCCUGCCAGCCCUGAAGGAGGCAGAGAAGGAGGCAGAGAUGGUGUACAAAGGCCUGGGGGCAUCUGGACUGUGGCUGACUGGCAGCAAUGCCACCAAGGACUGUGUGAGGGAGGAGAUGCCUCGCCACACAGUGUUGCACUUUGCAGCACAUGCCAGCCAUACGGGCUGCCACCAUCAGACUGCCGAUGCCACCAGAGCCACUGGUAACUACAGCAUGCCUGGCUACAUUGUGCUGUCCAAAUCCCACAAUAGCUGUGCAGGAAUCCUGACAGCUGAGGAGAUUCGCUGCCUGGACCUGUCUGCACAGAUGGUGGUGUUGAGCUGCUGCAACACGGGGCUUGGCACUGUUACAGGAGACGGGGUGCUGGGGAUGUACAGGUCCUUCCUGGCUGCUGGGUCAGCAAACGUGGUGGUGACCUUAUGGAGGAUUCCUGACAGGAAGACUCGGCGACUCAUGCGACAUUUCUACAGCAGCUACAAGACGAGUGGUGAUGCAGCCCAAGCUAUGAGAGAUGCCAUGUUGCACAUGCUGAGGAACAAGAAGACUUCUGCACCUCCAUACUGGGCAGCUUUCUCUGUCAUUGGAGCUACAGCUCCACUAUAGUUAAUUAUUGGGCUGUAGAGUGUUGUGAUCAUUAGUGCUACAAUACCAUUGUAGAGACAGCACAGCAGGCAGGGUGUGAGACAGGGCAUGUACUGUCAGUAUCAAGCGGGAAGGUGCUGGAUCAAGAACUGUACAACUGUCAUUUAUAAAAGCUCAGCAUUAUCAAAAGUGAAAAAAUAUUCUUGUACACUUGAAAUACUUAAUAUCAUUUUAUUUGAUGGCAUUUCUGUCAUAAUCUCAUAACACUGGUGUACAUAAAGUAUACUAGUAAUCUACAGUAUUACAUGUAUUAAGUAAUCUCAUUGCACAUAUAAACAUGAAAAUAUAUAUCACUUCAAAAGAUCCUUCCAAUAUACAUAUAAAUAUAUUUGAUAUUAUAUACAGUAAACAGUGUAAAGAAGUUUGUCAUAUAAAAGGUAUACAAUGUAUAUCGAAGUCAAAAGUAUCUGUCAUCAACUUAAAAAUUGCUGCACAGAUUUUUUUGAAAGCACACGUGAGGGUUACCAUGCCUUACCUCAGCAACCAUUUACAUGGCAUCUGUAUACUCAUACAUGCAUGUAUAUGGAAGACUCAGCUCAAUUACAAAGUUCCCUUUGAACAUGUACAUGUACAAUAAUUAUUGCAUCCAUAGAAGCUACACACAUACACAUAUCUACUUCAUCAGAAUUCAAAAUGAAGAAUUCCUGUGUCAUGAUCCUUGCUGGGUAAAACUCUCUUUUAAUAUCCUGAUCUUUGUCUGCUGUUGUGAACAGAAGGAUUGAACAAGCUACAAACGAGGCUCAUCAUGGUAUAGCAUUACAGCAUUUUUAUUACAAAAUACAAAAUAAUGCAAGCUUUUCAUUGGUGUUGAAAUGAUUAGAAUUGGAAUACCCCAGUGACCUUUUUGGAGUACAGCAGCAGCAUGUUGGGGUGUGUAGCAGACAUACAUGGAACAAGUGACGUCAAAUGAAAAGCUUGUAUAGCUAGGCUAGGACUUGUAAUUCAUCCUUGUUUACACAGCAUUGCCUAAAAAGUACUGCAAAAAUGCAACUUUCUGCCCAACUGGUAUUGUAUCAUAGUUUUCAGGAUUUACAUGCUUGUAACCUGCACUUUUGAAGAUAGCUGCUGGGGGCCAAAACUCCUUUUAGGAGGAAAGAAAGCAGUGCCGAACAUGUAAGUACUUCUUCCUCAGGCUAGGUCAAGCUGUAAC